UCCCCAAUGUAUGUGGUACACGCCUCCUUAUUACAUGGAUUCGAAGUUCAGUUAAUAUUAAAUCGCUGAAACUGGUUAUUUCUGUGACGGUUAUUUUUUCUAAAAUAAAGAUGCAUAUCCAAUAAUUAAAUAGUAUAGGAAAAAAUAUCUAUAAAUGUAAAAUGUGUGAUUAAGGAUUAAAAUUUAAUUAGUUUAACAAUAAUGUGUUUAAGUUAAAAGGAAACAUAUAAAUGCCUUGGAAUGUCAUCGUCGGCGGAUUCCAACCCUGUGAUAGUUAUAGACGUAGUUGACGACGAAUCGUCGACUGAAAAUGUGAUUCAUGACGGCGUUCCGUCCAAAAAUGCUCAGACAUUGGCCGAGGCAAACACUCUUUCGGUGGGUAAUACUUCAAACAAUAUAAGUGUUGAAACGCUUAAAAUUCCACCGCCGGCAAAAGUGUCAAAAGAGCGACUUAAACUCGGAAACGAUGUACACAAAUCAACAACUCCAACAUCGUCGCCCGCUUCAGCGAGGAAAGAAAAUUCAUCAACAGUGCAAAUUGUCAAAAUAGAAACACCAUCUAGCAGUCCAUCAUCUUAUCGCAAACGACACCCGAGUAAAGAAGAGGACUUACAGCAUUUAACAGAAGAGGAUUUGAUCCUUGCUGAAACACUUAUCAAAGAUGCGGAAACUGGUAGAAACUUUACUUACAAAACCGAUCCUACACAUGUAAGGUCUUACAUUAUAUAUCACAAGUGGUUUUUCCGAUGGGGACUUUAUUUAUGUAUACUUCUAAAUCUUUCGUUGGCACUAUUUGAAGCACCGACGAGGAAAGGAUGGGAACUCCCAUAUUGGGGGACAAUGCUCAUCGAGAUAUCGUGCUUAAUUUUAUUCAUCGCCAGAGUAAUACAUUGUGCUUACUUCAGUAUUCCGAGUAUAUUUUGGAGAGAUACCAAAAACAUUAUGGUCAUAGGUAUCAUUAUAUUGACUAUACUAGACAUGAUUUGCUAUGUGAUAUGGGUGAACCAAGCACCGGAUUCCAAUCCAGUCAGAUGGUCCAGACCUCUUCGAUCAAUGCUCAUUAUAAAUUUCUCUGAUGGUCGUCAGAUACGUAGGGCUUUCAGGAAUAUUAGACGAACUGUUCCGGAGAUUCUGAAUGUCCUCAUCUUGUUCAUGAUGAGUGUUUUCUUGUUUGCUCUUCUUGGUCUGAAACUCUUUGGUAGAAGGCAAAGUUUGACCUACCCCGAUGGCACAGAGUACUUCAAAAACUACUUUGACAGCAUUUGGGACCUUUAUGUACUUGUGACAACAGCAAAUAAUCCUGACAUCAUGAUGCCAGCCUAUGAUGAGAACAAUUGGUUUGCUUUGUACUUUGGCGUGUACUUGAUCAUCUGUCUGUACGUGUUCAUGAGCAUUGUUCUAGCUGCUAUCUAUAAUAACUACAGGAACAACUUAAAGAAUGAAAUUCGCGAUGCAGUAUUUGGUAAAAGAAGGAAACUACGCCAAGCGUUCAAGAUCCUUAACGUGACGAGAAAUGGUGAAGAAAUAAUGACCAAAACAUUGUGGACAACAAUAAUGAGGCGUGUCCUUCCAAAUAAAAGUUUAGAAAGGAUAGAACUACUGAUGGUCAUUCUGGAUAAAGAUGGGAAAGGCCAUAUAAAUAAGAGAGACUUUCUAAACCUUAUAAAUUUGUUGCAAGUACCCGUGUCAGAGGUGCAGGAGAGACAAACCUUUCUAGAGAAGAAGAUCCCAGAUAUAUAUAAUCACAAAGUCAGUAACGUGAUCAAAAUCUGUGUUAGACACAAAUUCUUCAGGAUAUUCUUUGACUUUAUGAUAUUUCUUAACGCUUGGUUUAUUGGAUUCGAUAUAGACGAAUCAGAUUGGUUCUUCUUAUCAAUCUUCAUGUUUGAAAUCGUCAUGAAAAUGUACGUCUAUGGACCUAAAGAAUUCUUUCGUCGAGUCUGGAACAUAUUCGACUUUGUGGUCAUUUUUGGUGCCGUCAUAGCAACUGCUGUUGAAUCCGGAUCUGGAAAAGGUGGUGAAGAAUUAAGUACGUUGGACCUUCUUUUGGUUCUCAGAGUCAUGCGUUUGAUUAAGAUUUUUGUAAGCAUUCAAAGAUUUAAAGUUAUUUUGAUGACUAUAAUGAAUAUUGGUCCUUCUAUGGCAACAUAUGGCGGCGUUCUAUUUGUGCUUUAUUACAUGUUUGCAAUAGUUGGCAUGGAGAUUUUCCACGGUUUGAUUACUUACCAUGGUUACGAGGAGACAAAUCCAAGUGAUAUGUUCUGUGGUAAUCCGAAGUUGAACGGCACGGCAUUCUACCGUAAUCAUUACUGCAACAAUAAUUUCAACGAUAUACUAAAGGCUUUUGUCAUUUUGUUUGAACUGACCGUGGUCAACCAGUGGCAUGUUCUCUCGUCCGGAUUUGUGUUUGUCACCAACAAAGCUGCUAGGCUAUACUUCUUUAUAUUUCACAUGUCCUGUGUCAUCAUUGUUUUGAACAUUUUCGUCGCAUUCAUCCUCGAAGCAUUUAUCCUUGAGUAUUCGCUGCAAAAAACUGGAAGAUUCGAAUCAGCCGUUGAAUCGAAAAUAAAAGAAUUGGGACUUGGCAUUGGCCAAUCUAAGAAGCGGAAAGGUGCACCAGAUAUAGAUCAGAUGGAGCUAGUUUCGAACGAGCAAGAAGUGGACCGUACCCCUCCUGUACCUGGUGCUCAAGAUGAUUCGACAGAAGACUCGGAGAGCGAUACUGACAGUAUACCAGAUGUUAGUAAUGAGAGAGGACUAAGAUUCCAUCUCAAGAAAAAGAGUCGAAAGAAGGUUGAAGUUCUGCUGCAACAAAUGUUUGAAGGAGAAAUCAACCCAGAUGACGACAACGAUGAGAUGGAAAUUUACUACAAGAAGAAACGGGCAGUAACUCUUGAUGCCGUUACAUAAGAACAAAAUUAACUGCAUAAUUUUAUAAAAAAUGUUUUUGUUUUAUAAUUUAUAUCGCAUAUAAUGGCCAAACGUGUGCCUCGCUUCUGGUGCUAUCAUAUAUAUAUAUACAUGUAUAUACAUUAAUUGUACAUUGAAGUUGUUGGAGUUAAUAUUUGUAAUGACUACAUAGAUUCUUUACACUAAAAUAACAUACAAUUAUUGUAACCAUGUCCAUAUUUAUUAACACUUUAUCAGUGAGUUUUGUGCAAUACUUAAAUAACGUGCAAUAAUAAAACGAUGAGAAUUA